AGGCUCGUUUGCUAAACCCCAGAUAGACCUCCCUCCGGGAGCUCCAUUCAGGCAUUCUGCGAGUAGAUGCCAGGUUUUGGCGGAGCGGGUGGGCUUGGAUCUGCUCAAGUCUCUCUUCCCUGGCGUGUGUGCUUUCAGCCUUGGCAGGAGCGCUUGUGCUCAGAAAGCAUCCCGCGACUCUAGCUCUCUCGUUGCCACACUUAUGCCAGGUGCCUGAGGUUUGUCCUCUGGCUCUAGCACUUACCACUAGGCACUGCUAGCUCUUCUGCACUGGCUUAGAUUUAUUUUUAGUUUGCUAGAAAACAUUCAUCAGGACUACUACUACUAGUAGUAGUAUCCUCAACUCUAACUAAGGUACAUGUACGGCUAGCUCUCGAGAACUGAGCGGUGACGGAGGCCACCAUAAAGAAGGUUUCUUUGUUGGAGUGCCGCAGUCCCAGCCGUCUUAUUCGGCUUACGUUCUUCACUAGCAAGUGCAUACGCAAAGAAAGCCCUUGCCGUCUAUCUGCCGUUGUGUUUCUGGUAGCGCCGAAGGUGCCCUCCUGUCUGCACAUUCCGUCUCGCGAGAGCACAGAUCUGUGCGUCAGCGGCUACAAGUUUCAGAGUAGUGUCGUGGACGUCUUGGCUCUAUCUGUCAGGAGGAAACUACUACUUGAGUCUACUGUGACCAGUACUGUGCACCAAGUUAGGGACACCCGUUUGGCCGCUCCGGAAUGAUGGCGUCUGUAGGAGAGUCGUCAGCAUCAGGUUCCAUAAUGACCGAAGAACGUGACGAGGAUAUCGACCUGGAUGAAAUUCCCGUACUUCCUGAGGGAGAUGAGGGACUGCACGUGAUACGCAAUGGAGGUAUGACGAUUGGUGAGAGGCUGUGGGACUUCAAACGCUGGUCGUCUCUGCAGUUGCAUUGUUCUCAGCAGUACAUACUUGAAUUGAUGGGCAAGACCGGUCGCACUGUCGACAUUCAGCUUACGGACAGGGUCGGCAAGAUGCGAGUUGUCCGCGCUGUCUACAUCAAGUUGCUGCAGCAGGCGGUGCGGAUGCGAGCCAACUUCAAGGCAAUGUCGGAAACGCAGCGCGAGCUUUCCUAUUUGCUGAACGAAAUGUCUUUAGCCAAUUCGAAAAUACCGACCGGUCUACAUGGUACGAUGAAGCUGACAUCAGUAGCUAACAUGCACAUUGCUAGUCGAGAACAGCUACUUAUUGCUGCUCUGGAGAGCUUCAUCCAUAACAUCAAGACACUGAUCCAGGUGGCGAUUGACGAUCUGUUAGCGCAGAUUCCAGCGUACAAGGCAAUGAGAAUCGAGUAUGACGCGUAUCGGAAUGACCUUGAGUAUGUCAAGGAGGCGACGAAGGGGGCAGCAGUUGAACAUCGUCGGCGAGUAGUGGGACAGGCCGAGGAAGCAUUCCGCCCGCGGCAAGAGAGGUUCGGGGCGAUGCGUCGUGAGUUUCUUGUUCGGGUGCGCUUCUUGGAGCAGAACGAGGCAGCGGUGGUACGCAAGCAGCUGGUAUUACUGCAGAAUGCCAUGUGCGCAUUUUACACUGGAGAAGCUGGCACAUUGCACGAGUGCCUGAAGAAAUUCCAUAUCAAAGCGCCGAAAGUACUGCAUGACCCAGCCACGUCGAAACUGGCCGCUGCCGAGGAGCACCCGUUGGCACUGAUUCCGUACGUUCCGCAACAGAAGGGAAAUGGCAGUUCUGAUAGCUCUGCAGCUCAGACGCCGUCGAUAUCGCCACUACCAGAGUGAGAAAACCCGCAUCAUUAUUGCGAGGCAUGAUCAAAUGACCUGUGUCUCUGCUAUCCGUUGUCUGCCCAACUGAACUGAAGGCCUUUUUUAAGUCAUAUUAAACCAGGAGGGUCAUUCUAUGAGGAACGACUGAAUCUCCUAUUCCGCUAUCUACCAUUGCCUCAGCAGAAACCAAACAUUUAGAAUGAUAUUGAUAUGAUGAGUACCAGUAUUCUGAGAUGUGUCCUAGUACUAGUAAGCAAGUCCCGUUGCAUUUCACAGGUUUUUACUCAAGUCGUGCAGUCAUCAUGCUUAUGUGCAGGACCAUGCUGAAACGAAAUGUUCACUAUGAUCGUUCUAUAACUCCGGCUCAUUCAGCGUUCACAUGAUGGUGGUGUAUGCCUUGACUUCGCUGCUGUGGGCGAGUGCUGUAAAUCAAGAAUAUUUCCUAAUAAAUUUGUAUGCGAAGAUUUCGUACAUCACGGUUCAUCUGAAGGCGGUGCAUAUGCUAUGUAGCUGUACCGUAGCUCCUUUGUGCAAGUAUUUUCUUCGUACUUCUGAUCUCUGGCUAUGCUUGAUGCCACCAGUGAGCCUCGAAAGACUGAUGCAAUAAAAACAGUUGUGCUCGGUGAAAUCCGAACCACAGUGCAUAUGUGGCACCCUC